AUGGCAUACAGCAGACGAAUCGAGAGCUAUGAUGCGGAAACUAUCAGAGAGCUGGCGGAAUUAACAGACGGCCUUCUGAAGGCCGUAAAGUCGUCCCAAAGUGUCCUGGUCGAAAUUUUUCCAAUCCUGAACCUUCUGCCCCGAUGGCUGGCCCCUUGGAAGGUUGCUGGAGACAUUGCGCACGAGCGGACAGUCUCUCUUUUUGGUUCUAAUCUGACAUACGGUCAGAAUAGAGCCUCAUGGAAUUGGGCAAAGGCGGCUCUUGAGAUCAAGGAAGCCCAAGGAAUGUCGCAUGAUGAGAUGAGUUAUAUUAUCGGUGUCCUUUUUGAAGCAGGGAGCGAUACAACCACCGGCGUGUUGAAGGUCUUUGUGCUGGCCUGCUUGACGUUCCCGGAAGCAAUGACAAAAGCUCAAGAAGAGCUCGAGCAAGUAUCCGGACUACCUUCAUUUAGUGAUCUGGACCGACUACCAUACCUUAACGCAUUUGUCAAAGAGUGUCUACGUUGGAGACCCUUAGCUCCGUUCGGGUUUCCGCAUGCUGUUGACGCCGAUGAUGAAUACAUGGGGUAUCACAUCCCGAAGGGUUCCACAGUAAUCGCAAACCACUGGACCCUUGAUCUGGAUGAAAAUAUCUUCGAAUGCGCCACCGAUUUUCGUCCGGAGCGCUGGAUCGAAAACCCCAACCUCCCUCUUGCAGCGUUUGGAUUUGGACGUCGAGGUUGUAUUGGGCGACAUGUCGCAUAUAACUCCUUGCUGAUUACCAUCGGUCGCAUCUUGUGGACAUACGAUGUAACGCAUCGAUACAAAGACGGCAAAAAGAUCGAAGUAGACCCGUGGAACAUGCAACAAAAUAUGACUUCGUCCCCGGAAGACUUUGAGGCUGUCUUCCGCAUCCGAAGUCUUGAGCGCCAGAAGACUGUGGAAGAUGAGUGGAAUACGGCGGAGAAGGAUCCAGAAGCUAUCAUGAACCACGUACGGUCCCUUGCUACGUCUUCGGCGAGAUGA